AUGGCCAAACCCAAGACACGGACGUCUCAAGAGGCCUCCAGCCCCGUCCAAGAAACUCCAAGGAAAAUGUACGUGAACACGAGGCAAGAUUCCGCCGCAUCGAGAGCAGUCAAAAGGAAAUACACGGAAAAGAAGAACCUUGUGAUCCACAGUCGCACGCACACCGGAGAGAGGCCCUUCGAGUGGUCGUCGUGCCCGGCCACGUUCGCCAGCCGCGACAGUCGGAAAAGACACAUGAUGACCCACACCGGCGAAAGACCGCACGAGUGCAACAUCUGUGGAAAGAGAUUUGCCACGAAAGCAAGGCUCGUGGACCACGCACUGACUCAUUCGGGGAAGAAGGCGUUUCCCUGCCACGUGUGCGGCCGAAAGUUUUCCCGGAGAGACAACCUCCAGCGCCACGCCCGUACGCACACAGGCGAGAGGCCGUACGCGUGCCACUUCUGCGGCCGCGCUUUUAGUUUGAAACAAGGACUAACGAGGCACAUUCGCAAGCAUACGGGUGAGAAGCCGUACCACUGCCACCUUUGUCCCGCUGAAUUCGCGGAGGCAGGUACUCUAAAACGACAUGUUCUGACCCACACCGGUGAGAGACCUCAUGCGUGCGGCAUAUGCGAGAAAAGUUUUGCUACUCGGUGGAACCUCUCAUGCCAUAAGCUUGUGGAACCAGCUGGGACCAGCCGCAAGCCAGCUGGUUACCAACUGGUUCCAGUUGGUCCCCACAGGAACCACUCGUCUGGAACUGGAACCUGCUGCAACCAGUAUUUUGGUAAUGGAACCAACUUGUACCAGUUGGUCAGGAAACAGCCAGCUGGGCCCAAGUGGUCUGAAAACCAGCUAUAA